GGGGAGCUGUUGUGACGUGGACCCCGAGCCCGCCACGUCCGCGCUGGCGUGGCUGCUGGCGUGGCUGGCGGCGCUGCGGCUUUGUCGAGCCCGGGGGACCUAGGCGCGUCCAGUGACUGCCACUUAACUGGGCAGGAUAACCUCGAUACGACUCGGACACUCAUCUGUAAAAUAACUACAGUAACUCCUGGGGUUGUUUGCUGUCUGUAUUAAAUAGGGCCGUAUACAUGAAGUUGAUAAGGACUCAAUAAAGGUGAUUCCUGAGCGGCAAGAUAAGGUCUCUUAAGACUUCUGACUUCCAACUUUCCCCGUUCUGGCUUCAUAGUUUCUAUCCUUUCCCAAGAGCAGCAGAAAAUGAACAAGUAUAAGGGACCAGUAACGUUCAAGGAUGUUACUGUGGAGUUCACCCGGGAGGAAUGGCAGUUACUGGAUGCUGCUCAGAGGACCCUGUACAAGGAAGUGAUGCAGGAGAACUACCGUCAUCUAGUCUCAGUGGGUUACCGUGUGAAUAAGCCGAAUGCAGUCUUCAAGUUGAAGCAAGGAAAAGAACCAUGGAUAUUGGAGGUGGAAUUUCCAGGUCGGAACUACCCAGAAGACCUAUGGAAGAUUCAUGACCUGGGAACAAGAUCUGAGGAAAGCCAAGCUGAAAAUUCAAGGAAUGGAGAACUCACAAAACACCAGCAAACUCCUGCCAGAGAGAAAACCUAUAAAUGCAGUGAGUGUGGAAAAUCCUUCUACCAGAAAUCUAUCCUCGUAAUACAUCAACACACUCACUCAAAGGACAAACCCAGGGAAUGCGGGACAUCGGUCCCUAGAAACGGAGACCUCACAAGACAACAGAAAGCUCAAACCAGAGAGAAAACCUAUGAGUGUAAAGAAUGUACAAAAACCUUCUACCACCUGUCCUCCCUUAGUAGACACUUGCGAACUCAUGCAGGGGAGAAACCCUACGAAUGCAAUCAGUGUGAGAAAUCCUUCUACCAGAAGCCACACCUUGUAGAACAUCAGAAAACACACACGGGAGAGAAGCCCUUUGAGUGUAAUGAGUGUGGGAAGUUCUUCUAUGUGAAGGCAUACCUCAUGGUACAUCAGAAAACACACACGGGGGAGAAGCCGUAUGAAUGUAAGGAAUGUAGGAAAUUCUUUUCCCAGAAGUCACACCUCACGGUACAUCAGAGAACACACACAGGGGAGAAACCCUAUAAAUGUAAGGAAUGUGGGAAGUCCUUUUCUAGAAAUUCACACCUCAAAACUCAUCAGAGAACUCACACAGGAGAGAAACCUUAUGAAUGUAAGGAGUGUGCGAAGUGCUUCUACCAGAAGUCAGCCCUCACAGUGCACCAGCGAACUCACACAGGGGAGAAGCCCUUUGAAUGUAACAAGUGUGGAAAAAACUUUUACUAUAAAUCAGACCUCACUAAACACCAGAGAAAACACACAGGGGAGAAGCCCUAUGAAUGUCAAGAAUGUGGUAAAUCUUUCUCCGUGAAUUCCGUCCUUAGAUUACAUCAAAGGACUCACACAGGAGAGAAACCCUAUGAAUGUAAGGAGUGUGGGAAAUCCUUCUCUCAGAAGUCCCAUUUUAUCAUACAUCAGAGAAAACACACAGGAGAGAAACCCUAUGAAUGUAAGGAGUGUAGGAAAACUUUUAUCCAGAAAUCAAAACUUACUGCCCAUCAGAAGACACAUACGGAGGAAAAAAGCUUAUAAACAGUUUGAAUUGGGAACUUCCUACUGAAGUCAUCCUUCAGAAUAAUCAGAUAAUUCACAUAAGACCAAAAAACGUAGGAAUAUCAUCUAAAUGGGAAAGUUGCAGUCAUAAUUUUUCUUGACAGAAAGGAAAUACACAGAAAUUCUUCGAAUCUAGAAGGAAGAAAUUUUUAUCGCAUGUCAGACUUUAGUAUCAUACCCCCUACAAAUUGUAAAGCAUGAGAGACCUUUCUUAGGGAAGUCACAGUAUACUGUACAACAUGGAAAUCACACGAGAGAAGAACUGUUAGAAGAAAUAAGGGUCGGGAGCUUUUCGGCCAGGACAGCCAUGGCUAAUUCUCCCAGAGCUUGCAUGCCAGAAGCUCCUCUCCGUGCCCUUGCUGAGCUCCAGAAACACUUUAAAGCAGGUGGGCACUGAGCCCUCAGAGGGGUAACCAGAGAUUGAAACUGAUCUGGAAGCCCUUCUUGAGAAGUGGCAUCUCUGUGACCUUCACAUGAGCGAUGCCAGGAUACAACCUCACAGACAUCUCAAAUAUGUCAGGGUUCCUGACAGAAACUCCAAGAAUCUGUCUUGGGGAAGAGUCAGUUACACCGAAAGUCACGUUUCAGUGGCUGGAUUCUGAGAGUGGGCUUUUUUUCCUGAGGAAACUUGCAAAUGUCUAGAUAGAUGAAGCUUUUUCAAAAGCAAAAACGUUGAAAACCCAGAUGACAUCCUUAAGCCCACAGGAAAAGCCCGUUAGUAAGCAGAGCUGAUGAGCGUCUGCGUGCUGCUGGGCAGGUCAGGAUAUCUGUGCGCACGCGCGUCCCGUCUGGACCUGAACACGGAAAUGCAUAACCAUGGCUCCGUGGCUCGCAGGUACCUGAGCAGAUCUCGCAGCACAUCUGAGCAUUAACUCCUGUUGUUCUAGUAUGUAUUUUAGGUGUAAUGUUCUCUUAAAAUAUAAGGCAUCUUUUUCUAUUUCCUGGCAGUUUUAAUGGUUACUGAACUGAUCCUUCAGAAAGAAGCUAAGCUUUGUGGUUUUUUUUUGCAAAAUUCUCCAUCUCAUGGUCAGCCAAAUCUUCCAUUAGGGACACAUUUAUUCAUAAGACUAUUUUUGCCAGUUGAUGACAACAGUAUGAUAACAUAAUGCUGUGUAACGUAAGUUGUGUCUGUUGUACUGUGGAUGUCUUAGCAGGGUGCAGAGCGUUCUGCAGAACCUUGUGUGAGGAAGAAUGUUCCUCACUACCUUUUUCUUCAUAGUAGAAGCAACAUGGUAGUGGUUAGAGUGCUGACUCUGGGCCCCUACUGCCAAGGCUCAGAUUCCAUGGGGCAUGCCACUUAACCUCUGUGCCUCAGUUUCCUUUUCUAUAAGAGAAGUGAGAAUGGUAGAAUCGCUUUGAGGUAUGAAUGAAUAUUUUUAAAGCACUUAGAAUAGUGUCUGGGACACAAGAAAAGCAUAUGUUCGAUACGACUAUCAUUGUAAUUUGUAUUUCUUGAAUUAUGCUGGGGGGAAAAAAGUUGGCUACCAACAUGCAUCACUCACUUUAUUGCUGUAGUGCCUUGGUCUGGCUUUGUUGUGCAUUUUCCUACAAAUGAUUCAGAUACUCAGAUGUGACCCACUACCUGCUUUUGUGGCCUUACAAUCCAAGAGUGGUUUUACAUUUCUAAAUGGUCGGGGGAAAAAAGAAUAUUUUGUGACAUGUGCCAAUUCAGAUUUCAGUAUUCAUAAAUAAGGUUUUCUUGAAACACUAAUAAACUAAUAAAACAGAGACCAUUGUCUCUGUCUUGCCGGAGGCUGCACUAAAGAGUUGAGUAGUUCCGACGGAGACCCAGUGGCUCACAGAGCCUAAGCUACUUACCGUCUGGCACUUUACAGAGUUAAGUUUUUCUGUUACUUAGGACUGAAAACAUAAUCAAUGUAUACAGUGUACUUUUAUAUAUGCCACAUGUUUGAGAAGUGAUGGCCAGAGCAUUUUGUGGGUGGGUGCAGUGUAUUUAUUUUGUACAUUGUAUUUACAUGUUAAAAGCCUAAGCAUAAGAAUUUUUUUUCAAAUAAAUGUGUUUUAUUUGUUGAACUGUCAUCAAAUUCCAAACAUUUUCUGAUGAAAUGUAGCAGUAGAUGUAUGAAAUAAACAGUCCAAGUUAAACAGAA